AUGUAUCUUUUAAGUUCCUAUGUAUACCCCAUGGAUUUUUUGGCAAUGUCCUAUUCUUCCAGCAAAUAGCAGUCUACAAAAGGACAAAUAGCAGAAAUGGUCCAGGCCUUAUCUUCAUCCAUUCACUUUGGUUUCCAAACUGCCAUGGCCUCCACUCUCCUUCACUUCCUUUCUCCCCCACACCAUCUUCAUCUAUCCAACCUCCCAAUCCAUAGCACAGUAAAACCACUACAUUUCACCAUCAAAUGCACUUCUGCAGAGGCAAAUUCGGCUCCUCAUCAGCCAGAUUUUCCAUCUCCAAUCUCUCAUGAUACCACCAUAAGUCCAGACAGUUUCCCCAUCGAGAAACGGAGAAGAUCAGAGAUAAUCCGGGAGAGAAAACCGAGACCAGACAUUGGAAAGCCAGAACCACCAAAUUUCGAGGUUGGUUGGAAGAGAACCAAGGAGAUUAACUUAGAGAUGCCAAAAGGGUAUGUGAUAAUGGACUUCUUGGAGAAGUUGGAAGGGUUAAUGGGGAGAGAAUUUGGUUCCACUGAGCUGUUGGCUAAGGCUGGAGAACUUGUGGCAGAGAGAGCAAGGGAAGAAGCAGAAGUGUUGAGGGAUGAAGGGAAGGUGGAAGAGAGAAUGGUGACGGAGUUGUUCAGGGUUUUGAGAUUGAUGGAAAUGGAUUUGGCUAUGGUGAAAGCUGCAGUGAAGGAAGAAACUCUGGGUGAGAGACUUGAGAAGGCCAAGGCUCGGUGCAGGCAAGCCAUUCUAGUUGCUAACUCUUUUUGAAAGGUAGAGAGCAAGAGAGAUAAUUAAACUUUAAUGUAAAUUAAGUGUUAAUUAACAAUUUCAGUAUCUAAAAUUAAUUUUCGAUUGAUGACC